GAAGCAGGAUAUCAGCCACGAAGGAGAAAGUAUGGCGCGGAGAUGUGUGUGAAAUACUGACCCACUGUUUUGUUUUUGGAAAGCUUGGCAUCUUUACUAUACCGGUGUUAAUGGACUCCCCACAGAUGGACCGUAACCCAUCGCCGCCUCCUGACAGAGAUGAUGAGACAGCUGAAGAGGAUGAUGCUAUUGGAGAGACUGUGUAUAGCAAGCAUUGGCUCUUUAGCACCUUAACCCGCCUUAUACAGAUGGUGACAGAGCAGGACUCCGAACAGGGAGAAGGUCUGACAGAACUGUCAGAUGAGCUUGAGGAGGAGCUGUGUAAAGUCUGGGAUAUGGCCAUGGACAAGGAUGUGGCUGGUUUUCUACAGGAGUUCAAAACUCCAGAUAUCCUGUUGGGAGUAAUUGCCAAGUCCCAUAAUCCACGCCUUACUGAAAUCUGUAUAGGAAUUCUGGGAAAUAUGGCCUGUUUCCCUGAGACAUGCGUGUUCAUCAGUCAGAAUAAUGAACUAAGUGCUGUGCUGCUCUUACUGUUGGGUGACAGUGAUCCUCCCACACUGUUAGAGACAUGCAGGCUUCUCCUGACCUGUGUCUCUCAACCAGAUGUUGCUCCCUUGUGGCUACAGAGGAUACAGCAGGAGAAAGCCACAUGCAACAACCUGUGCUUCAUAAUGCACAGUUCGACUAAUGUGGAAUUAUUGAUAAAGGUAGGAGAACUUGUUGAUAAGCUGUUUGAUGAGGAUGAGGAGUUGAUGAAGUGCUGGUUGUCUGGACCACUUGGUGAGAGUGACGAGGACAAGGACACACACCAGGACGUCGCUUCUGCAUUAUUGGAGGCUGCAGUACAGCUUAGGAAGGAGAGUCCAAAGGCCGUUGAAGCGUAUCUGCAUGCUCUUCAGCUCUUAACUACGGUAGAUGAGGGGCUGCAGAAUCUUGUUUCAGAUGGAGGGUGUGGUGUCUCAGUAUGGAAGAUGGUGUGUGAAGUGGUGUGUGAGGAUCUGUGCCAGCCGGAUGACCCUCCUCUCAUCCUGCAGGAGCAGAAGGCACUCCUAGCCCCUGCCCUUGCGCUGCUAUCCGCCUUGUACACCAACCUUCAGAUGAACAUCAGUUCAGUGUUGGUGGCUAGUCUUCUUCGCAUCCUGUACUUUGAUCAUGAAAGUCAGCGAGGGGUACAUCAGAAGUCAGAAGAUGGACCAACAGAUGGAAAGACGGAUGAGGAAAGAGAUGUACAGCUCCAGGUGUUGGCUGAGAUAGCAGCAGAGUUGCUUUCUACUCUGCUCACAGAUCUGCCCAUGGAUGUUGUGUCAGAGUUGCUGAAAAUGGAUCAUCUUACAGAGAAGAUCUGGGUGUCGGCGUUAAAGACACUGUUGCCGCAGCACAACACAUCUGUGCUGAGCUUCAUUUCCACACUGGCUGAGGUGGAGCCUAAACUAGCAGACAUUAUAAAGAAGGAGACCUCCAACGCAUCAGAAUCAAAUGAGCCGAAGCCAGAGCCAACAUAAAACGCAGCAUUUUGGAUUAAGCAUGCCAGUCGAUCCUUGUAUACGGGGGCUGCAAAAGUAGGUAUACAGUAAUGAAAAACAAAAUGUUCGCAUACAGUGGUAUGCAAAAGUUUGGACACCCCUUGUCAAAAUUGUUGUUACUGUGAACAGUUAAGCAAAUUGAAGAUGAAAUGAUCUCCAAAAGGCAUAAAGUUAAAGAUGACUCAUUCCCUUUAUAUUUUAAGCAAAAACAAUUUUUUAUUUUCAUCUUUUACAUUUUCAAAAUGACAAAAAAGGAAAAGGGCCCGAAGCAAAAAUUUGGGCACCCUGCAUGGUUAGUACCUAGUAACACCCCCUUUGGCAAGUAUCACAGCUUGUAAACACUUUUUGUAGCCAGCUAAUAAUCUUUCAGUUCUUACUUGGCGGAUUUUCAUACAUUCAUCCUUGCAAAAGGCUUUCAGUUCUACAAGUUUCUUGGGCUGUCUUGCAUGCACUGCUCUUUUGAGAUCUAUCCACAGAUUUUCAAUGAUGUUUAGGUCAGGGGACUGUGAGGGCCAUGGCAAAACCUUCAGCUUGUGCCUCUUGAGGUAUUCCAUUGUAGAUUUUGAGGUGUGUUUUGGAUCAUCGUCUUAUUGUAGGACCCAUCCUCUUUUUAACUUCAACUUUUUUACAGAUGGUGUGAUGUUUGCUUCCAGAAUUUGCUGGUAUUUAUUCGAAUUCAUGCUUCCCUCGACCAAUGAAAUGUGCCCUGUGCCACUGGCUGCAACACAACCCCAAAGCAUGAUCGAUCCACACCCAUGCUUCAGAGUUGGAGAGGUGUUCUUUUCCUGGAAUUUGGCACCCUUUUUUCUCCAAACAUACCUUUGCACAUUGUGGCCAAAAAGUUCUAUUUUGAUUUCACCAGUCCACAGGACUUGUUUCCAAAAUGCAUCAGGCUUAUUUAGAUGUUCAUUUGCAAACUUCAGACGCUGAAUUUUGUGGCUUGGAUGCAGGAAAGGUUUUCUUCUGAUGGCUCUCCCAUGAAGGUCAUAUUUGUUCAGGUGUCACUGCAUAGUAGGACAGUGCACCACCACUCCAGGGUCUGCUAAAUCUUUCUGAAGGUCUUUUGCAGUCAAACAGUUUUUUUAUUUGCCUUUCUAGCAAUCCAACGAGCAGUUCUUUCAGAAAGUUUUCUUCAUCUUCCAGACCUCACCUUGAUCUCCACUGUUUCUGUUAACUGCCAUUUCUUAAUAACAUUACAAUCUGAGGAAACAGCUACCUGAAAACACUUUGCUAUGUUCUUGUAGCCUUCUCCUGCUUUGUGAGCAUCAAUUAUUUUAUUAUUCAGAAUGUGAGGGGGUUGCUUAGAGGAGCCCAUGGCUGUUGAUUUUAGGGACAAGUUUGAGGAGUCAGAGAAUUCAUACAGCUUUGAAAUCUGCAUCAUCUGACCUUUCCUAACAAAGAAUUUGAACAAGCCACAGCUCAAUAAGCUAAUUAAGGUCUGGAACCUUGGUAAAAGUUACCUGAGAACUCAAAUGUAUUGGGGUGGCCAAACUUUCGCAUGGUGUUCCUUUUCUUUUUUCACUCUCCAAUUGUACAAAACAAAAAUAAUACACAAAUCUUGCAGAAAACGCUGAAAAGAUAUGUCAUCUUUACCUUUAUGCCUUUUGGUGAUCAGUUCAUCUUCUGCUCACUUAACUAUUCACAGUAACAGACAUUUUUAGUAAGGGUGCCCAAACUUUUGCAUGCCACUGUAAAACGUUAUUUUAUUGAUUAUACAAACAUAAAUAAUAAACAUAUUAAUCCCUCAAAUGUUCAAACACUCCACUAGUCGAGUGGGGACACCCAUGCACACUGGCACAAAGGUCUUUAUCAGCAUCGAUUUCCUGGCAAACCUCCCGUAUGAACUGAAUCAUGGCAUCAACAGAACGUAGCUUGCGUGCAGAAACCCUAUCUUUUACACAUCCCCAGAAAAAGAAGUCCAUAGGGGUGAGAUCCGGUGAACGUGGUGGCCAGUCAACGGCUCCCCAAUGUCUAAUCCACCUGUUGGGAAAUUCUUUGUCAAGUAGCGCACGCACAUUGAAUGCGAAGUGCGGUGACACCCCAUCCUGCUGAAAGUAGAAGUCGUCCUGCUGCUGCUGUUCGCGUAUAGUCCUUACUGUAUACCUACUUUUGGAGCCCCCUGUAUAAAGAGAAUCAGGGAGACUUUUGGAGUUCUUUGUAUUGAAGGAAGAUCCUCUCAUUCAUUUGUAUUAAACUUGCAGCACAAAACUGG